UCGAGGUUGUCUUCAUUGUGUGACCAUGCAAACAAGCUUUUGUUGUCAAUGGAAGAAAUCACUCACAUUUCUAAUUCUUCCUCACAAACCCAGACCCUUCAUUCUUCAAUUCUCAUCUCUCUCAUUUCAACCCUCACAACACACAAUUUCCACCAUUCUCCACACUCUCUGCAACUCCAACCGUUUCGAAGAAGCCCAUCAACGUUUCUCUCUCUUCCUCUCCUCCGGUUCAAUCCCUGAUCACCGAACCUGCAACCUUCUCCUCGCUAAGCUACUCCGUUCCAAAACCCCAUUUCAAACAUGGUCUCUCGUUAAAUCAUUGAUCCAAAUCAAAGCUGGUUUUGUUCCUUCUUUGGUUAACUACAAUCGUUUGAUGGACCAUUUUUGCUUCAUUCAUCGACCGUUUGACGCUCAUAGAUUGUUUUUCGAUAUGAAGAAUCGUGGGCAUUGUCCAAAUGUUGUUUCUUACACCACUUUGAUUAAUGGGUAUUGUUCAGUUGGUGGAAUAAGGGAUGCAAUGAAGGUGUUUGAUGAAAUGCUUGAGAGUGGUUUGGAGCCGAAUUCAAUGACUUAUAGUGUUUUGAUUCGCGGGUUUCUAAGGGGGAGGGAUUUUGAAAGUGGGAGAGAGUUGAUGUGUAAGUUGUGGGAGAGGAUGAAAAUGGAAGAUGAAUUGAGUGUGAAUGUUGCUGCUUUUGCUAAUUUGAUUGAUUCUUUGUGUAAAGAAGGGUUUUUUAAUGAAGUUUUUGAGAUUGCAGAAUUGAUGCCGUGUGGUAGUAGUUUGCCCGAGCAGGUUGUUUAUGGGCAGAUGAUUGAUUCAUUCUGUAAAGUUGGAAGGUAUCAUGGAGCGGCGAGGAUUGUUUAUUUAAUGAGGAAGAGAAGGUUUGUUCCAAGUGACGUGUCGUAUAAUCAUAUCAUACAUGGACUAAGCAAGGACGGUGAUUGUAUGCGAGGUUAUCAGUUGUUAGAGGAAGGAGCUGAAUUUGGAUUCUCGCUGUGCGAGCAUACAUAUAAGGUAUUGGUGGAAGCUCUAUGUCGUGUAUUAGACGUGGACAAGGCAAGGGAAGUUCUUAAACUCAUGUUGUAUAAGGAAGGUGUUGACAAGACUAGGAUUUACAACAUCUACUUGAGAGCUCUUUGUCAUGUGAACAAUCCAACAGAGCUUUUAAAUGUGCUUGUAUUUAUGCUUGAGAGCCAUUGUCAGACCGAUGUGAUUACCCUCAACACGGUUAUCAAUGGUUUUUGCAAGAUGGGGAGGUUUGAUGAAGCUUUAAAAGUAUUGAAUGACAUGUUAUUGGGUAAAUUUUGUGCACCUGAUGUUGUGACCUUCACUACAUUGAUUUCUGGUCUAUUGGAUGCUGAAAAAGUCGAUGAAGCUCUUGAUCUGUUCAAUAGAGUGAUGCCUGAAAAUGGUUUGAAGCCUGGGGUUGUAACAUAUAAUGUUCUUAUCAGGUGCCUAUACAAACUUAAAAGACCGAAUGACGCAUUCGAGGUUUUUAAUAACAUGGCCGGUGAUGGCAUUACUCCAGAUAGUACCACUUAUACAGUUAUAGUAGAAGGUUUAUGUGAAUGUGAUCAAAUAGAAGAGGCGAAGAGUUUUUGGCAGAGUGUUAUAUGGCCUUCAGGGAUCCAUGAUAAUUUUGUUUAUGCAGCCAUUCUGAAAGGUCUUUGCAGCUCUGGAAAAUUUAACGAGGCUUGUCAUUUCCUGUAUGAAUUGGUAGAUUCUGGGAUCUCUCCAAAUAUAUAUAGCUAUAAUAUUCUGAUAAACUGUGCUUGCAAUUUAGGUUUGAAAAGAGAAGUUUACCAAAUUGUUAGAGAGAUGAAUAAGAAUGGAGUGGCCCCUGAUUGUGUGACAUGGAGGAUUCUUCACAAGUUACAAAGCAAAGUGACGAAGCACACUCCAUUUGAAGAUCCAACCUUGUCAACUGAGGGUGUUGACAUGGAUAAUAAAGCAAGUCAGAAUAGAAGAAAAUGGAAUUAUGUUUGUACUUCAAGUGGUAAACCAUUGGAUUUUACCAGAUGAUAACAGCGAAGCUUGGUUAUUAAUCCUUAUCCGUGGCUGAUAAUGCAUGCUAUUAUAAAAUGUAGCAUUAGAAACAGAGUUGAAAGAGAGCAAGUCUGAGAUCAAUGAAGCUACUAGGGGGGAUGUGACGAUGUGCUGGAAUCAAAACAUGCAUUGUGGUUUUAUACAGAAUGAGCUGUGCAUGUAUCAACAACUAGUUUCUGACAAAAAGCCCAUUGAAUCUUUAACUUUUAAGCCAUGAGAUGAAAUCUUCUACGCCAGCACCAAGUUCAAUCCAUCAAUCACAUCGUGAUAACUAGCCACAAUUAUCGUGUCUGUUUGGAACUGCGGCGAGGAGCCAAUUUCUUGUGUCUCAACACUCAAUGCAUUGCCACUGCAGAAGCUAUAUCUAGUUGUAUCAUAUUAGUGUGUUUUUAGAACUGCGGCCAACCACUUUGAUUGCAUGAUUUUGAGUUCUUUCACCAUGAAUUUGAAGAAGCUACAAACAGUAGCGUUGUAGCUUUGAAUUGGACGUGCAUCUGCAAUUAUUCGACUGCAAAAACAAACAGGUCGUUGACUCAUGGUAAUGGUGGAAAACUGGAUACAUUAGACCAUCAUCAUAGUGUUGAAGGGAAGCAAAAGAGAAAAAGGAAAAAGAAACUAGAACAUCCUACACGAAUGAUUUGCAUUCCCUGGCAUCAGCUUGAAAGUGGCAGCUUAGUCCACGAGGAGGAGUCUUGAAAGUCUCAAUUUUUUUUUUCCUCUUGUAAGUGUAUGAGCCAACUUUACCUAUCAAUCUCGAUCUAACAUGUCCCGGAUGCUUUGGAUUUUCAUGUUAUCCACUUGCCUGAAAAGAGUUCUUAAAAAUGGAGAAACUCUAAUCAGAUUUUCAUGUUAUCCACUUGCUUGAAAAGCUUUUCAGUUUGUGAAUAUUGCACACUCAGCUUUAAAACCA